UUUCUUUCUACAAUUUUAAAUUAAAUUUAUUAGAAUAAAUGCUUCGAACACACGCGAUCUAAGUACCUUUUGUGUUUAUUAUACCUUACCUACCUAGGUAUAAAAAGAGUACUUACGUAGAUUUUCUUUUAUUAACUGUUUUAUACGAAGAUCUUGAUCUCUCAAAUUAGCAUCCAUUUUACUUCCAGUGAUUAUCAACUAAAUUAAUAAUCCACAAAGUAUUAAAUAACGUUUUUAUGAAAUAUUUAGCACAAAAACAAUACCCUUUAAAUAUCGAUCGUCAGUAACUGUGGCUGACUUACCUAUAUUCUAGCAAGCAGGACUGCCAGAUGUGAAGGGGAAAUCCCCAAUAAAUUGUUGCAUGUGACUGAUGAUGUGAGCAUGUUCGUUUCAUAAUAAAAAUGUUGCCAGGUAACCAAAAAGUCGUAUGUUUUUGUGCGAAUUACGAUCAUAAUCUUUACGAUCGUACAUUAAAAAAUAGACAAAUAAUAGUAUGAGUACGAUUUAAAUCGUAUAUCUGUCAACCCUGCUAGCAAGACAGCGACAAAAUCACGUUGCAUAACAAUGUAGCCCAAGCUUAUAUCUUAUGAAAUAUACGGAAGAGAUACGGACUUAGAAAAAACAGAAAUGUUGUUCUUUGUGGAAGUCAUUGAUGAAAUUCUAUGUAUUUUAGCCCGCAAACUUUCUUCAAACAAAAACAGCGCCAUCUAGUAUCGAGUUCUGUAAUUAUCUCUUUGUUUAUGGAUUUGAAGUAAGACCGCCACGCAUGCAAUACAUUAUGACUGGGGAUUCCCCUAUUCGUCGACGCUGAAUAUGAGGCGACGACAAUCACUGUCAAACGUGUUCACUAUUACUCUGACUCUGGUAACGUGACUUCCUGGUAACGUGUUAGGUAGGAAAAGCAGUAAAAAAGUGCAUAUUAAGGGAGCAGAUUUGAAAUAAUAUUUAUACUUAACAAGAAAUAAUUAAAGGUUCAAUGGGGAGACCUAAAGAUUUACGCAUAUGGGAGCACUACCGUACUUUACCAAACAAGUCUGUUUCUUGCAAGCUUUGUAAUAAGGUCUACAAAUUCAGUAAUGCUGCCAAAAUGCUUCAACAUCUUAUCACUUGUCCAAAAUCUCCAGAAACAUUAAAAGACUCUAUGAAACUUAUAAAAGAUAGCUCGUCCAAAACCAAAAUGUCUGGACUGUCAGAGAUAGAGACAAAUGAUUCUUUUAUAAGCCCCUCGUCGUCUGCUAACACUACAAUAAAUGCUGAGUUUCAAGACACCGAUGAUCAUAUAAAAACAGAAUUAGCGAGAGCUAUAUUUGUAACAGGGACGCCAUUAUCGAUGGUGCAACAUCCUUUAUGGAUACAAUUUUUCGAAAAAUUGCAACCAAAAUUUAAAAUACCUUCACGUAAAGCUUUAGCGACAAAAUACUUAGAUAAAAUAUAUAGAGAAAUGCGUUUUGAGUUAAAUGAGGAACUAAAUGCUUGUAGUUACUUACACCUUCAGUGCGAUGGCUGGUCUAAUUUAAGAAAUGAAGGAAUAAUAAACUUUCUUAUAUCAAAACCUCAACCUGCAUACGUUAAAAGUUUGAAUACAGAAAGUAAUCCUCACACUAGUGAAUACCUUAGCCAAGAAGUUGAAAAAGUAAUGAAAGUGUAUGGAGCAAAUAACUUUCUUGUACUUAUUGGCGAUAACGCUAGAAAUAUACAAAAGGCAUUCGAAUUAACAAAACUCAAAUAUCCACAUGUUGUUCCUCUCGGUUGCUGUGCACAUAUCCUUAACUUGUUGUGCCAAGAUAUUGUAAAGAUACAAGAAGUAACUGUGUUUAUUAUGCAAGCCAUAAAUAUAAUAAAAACUGUUAAAAGGAGUCAACGAUUAAGUUCCUUGUUGAUAAAAUCAAGGCAGGGUGAAGAUUCUACACAAACACUAAAAUUGCCUUGUGCUACAAGAUGGGGAAGUCAUGUUACUUCGUUAAAAAGUUUGAAAGCAAAUAAGAUAGCUUUGCAAAUAUUAACAGUUAGAGAAGAUGUGGUAAUUUCAAGAGAUAUUAAAGAUUUAAUUCUAAGUGAUGAUUUCUGGACGAAGACAGGGGAAUGUAUAAGUAUUUUGGAACCAGUCACUGAAAGCAUAUUUUACUUAGAGAGCGACCAGAAUCGUUUGCAUCGCACAUACAUUACAUUUAGAGAUGUACAAGCUAAGAUACGUUUUGCAUUAAAUGAGAUUUCGACAUUGAGCGAAGAAAGCAAACAGCAGAUUCUAACAUCAGUAUCUUCAAGAUGCAAUAUGGUAAUGAGGCCAAUACAUUUUGCAGCAUAUAUUCUAGACCCCAGGACUCUAGGAGUCGAACUUACUCAAGAGGAAGAACUUAAGGGUAUGGAGUUUAUCUACAAUUUAAGCCAACACUUAAGUUUGUCAAAUGUAAUGGCAGAUUUGGCGUGUUAUAAAGCUAAAGAAAACUUUUGGGCCAGAGGAUUUGUAUGGAGCUCAUUAGAUAGCAUUGAGCCCCUAAUAUGGUGGAAAGGUAUUUGUGGUUCCACUGAGUUAAGCAAAGUAGCGAUUCGUAUUCUAUCAGCUCCCUGUACUUCGGCAGCCACUGAGCGUUCCUUUAGUAUCCAAGGCUACAUACAUAAUAACAAAAGAAAUCGACUUACAACUGAAAGAACUGAAAAAAUUUCAUUCAUUUGUUAUAACUGGAAUCUUAAACAUAAAGCUGAAUGCGAGGACAUUCAGUUUAAUGAAGAAAAUACCUUAGAAGCUUUCAUUGAGCAAGUAAAUGAACAUAACAGUUUAGACGAAAUAGAGCCUAUCGAACCUAUACAAUUCAUCGCUUGUAAUAACUCUGAAUCUGACAGUGAUUGACUGUAGUUUUACAUUUUACUUUCAUCUCUUUCUUAAUAAACUCAAAAUCAAAUUAAAAGUUUUUUAUUCUGUAGGCUGCAUAAUAAUAUUGUCUAUGUCCAGUAUAGUGGACGUCUUGCGGCUGAGAUGACGAUGAUGAAGUACAAAAUCAUAAACACCCAAAAAUUUGGGUGUUUAUGGGGUUUAAACCCAAUAAACCCAAAACACCCGGUUUUUACCCACCAGACUUUAAACCCACCCAGGUGGAUUGCCCAUC